AAAUCGGCGCGGCGGCUCCUGUUGCGCAGUUAGUCACAGUAAUUGACGCUCGGAGAAUCAUCAACUUUUUACAGUGAAUACUCUUAUUGCGCAGUUUGACAAGUAAUUUCACGUAGCACUAAUCGAACAUCGUUUUGAAAGACGUGACUUCUAGCAACAAGUUUUAGAAAGCCAUGGCCCUGGUAUCGAGGGAUAUCUACCGCAAUUGGUGGGAAGAUAUAGACCGCUAUCAUCGGGAGAUAGAGUCGCACUUUCGGCACCUGAGCUUGACGAAGCACGAUGAUCUGUGGCCAUCACCGUUUCUGUCGUUCCGCAAUAGAUUCCGAUCGUGGCGCGAAAUCUUCGACGAUUUGGACCGCCAGGUGGGCGGCGGAGCGACGGUUGUGCGCGACGAGGACAAGUAUCAGGUGACCGUGAACGUGCAGCAGUUCCGGCCGGAGGAGAUCACUGUACGCACCGACGACAGAAUCAUCACCGUCGAGGGCAGGUAUAGUAACGACAAAAGGGACUGGUACGGCUACGUGUCGCGCCAGUUCGUGCGCCGUUACGUACUGCCCAGUCGCUACGAUAUCUGUCGUGUGAAACCCAGUCUGUCGUCUGACGGUAUCCUGACCAUCACGGCUCCUAGACUGGAACUCCCGACGCCGGGCAUGAAAAUUAUACCAAUUAUGCGAACUUUCAGACCAGCCAUCAAGGCCGCUUAAUGCGCUAAUACACUCCUGGAUAACGCAAAACUGCCUUGGACAGCACCAAAAUCGAAAUAUAUGUCCAAAAUUGAGAUAUAAGAUGUCUUUAAAAUAUCUGUUAAAUAUUUCAUAAGAUCAUUUCAUAAGAUGUCUUAAAGACUUUUUAAAAGAUGUCUUAUGUCCCAAUUUUGGACAUGUUUCGAUUUUGAUGCUGUCUGGAGUGUUUCGACAUUUCACUGUUUAUUCGAAUCAUUUUUUAUGUAACAAUCGAUACCUAAAAAAAGAAACAGAAUCAAUUAUACAUGACUAAAUAAAUUGGCGUUUAUAAUAA